UUACUGCCUCAAAUUUUAUUGACGUGGACGUCAUAAAUUAUUUGCCUUUUUUUGGUUAUAAUUUUUGGAACCAACAUGUAUUUUGCGAUUGGCGAGCGACCUCCUUAUUGGUUAAAACGCGAACUGUUUAUGGAAAGAGCUGUAGUGUGGAAAGGAUCAAUUCUCGCUUAUGGCUUGGCAACGAUCCUUUUGGGCAUUUGGUGUACUGAUUGGAAAGUAGUUUGCGAGCGUAUACCAUUUUAUGGUAGCAAAUUCGAACGUGGGGUUCCGCGCUUUUAUUCCAUCGAACCGACACGUACGUAGUACAGGAAAAAAAGAAGAAAAAAAAAUUGACCUAACCGGGACUAGAACCCUCGACCCUAAGAUCAGAAGUCUGACGCUCGAUUUAAAAAUGAUAUAUUAUUUGACGAUCUGUAGAUUACAUUAAAUAUAUAUGCAACAAAGUGAUAAA